UAGUAGCUUUCAUAUCAGUAAGUGUCUUAGUACCGUCUUUGAUGUUCAUUGUCAUUAGAAGCACCGUUUAACAUUAUAAUGUGUUUCACUAAAUUUCUGUUUCUGUCAUGUUUUAUAUUUACAGGUUCAGCACUGUUAAGUGUAGAUACAACGAAACGUCAAAGACAGCUUACAGUAGAUUCAGAUUUCAGCCAUCCCUGUGUGAGAGAAUGUAUCUAUGGAGCCAAUAUGGUUUGCUACUACACAUUCAUAGUGGACUGGUACACCAGCAUGAGUGUGCAGUGUGGCGACUGUCCUUUCAACACUACAGCCUGCUCCAAUCCUGGCUGUAUCGUGGGUGGUGGCAUCGUGCGUCCUGUGAUCUCUGCCAACCGUAGAACUCCUGGACCUGCUAUCUUGGUGUGUGAGAACGAUACAGUGAUAGUAGAUGUGACCAACGCCAUGGACAAAGAGCUGCUGACCAUCCACUGGCACGGGGUGCAUCAGGUGGGCUCUCCCUUCAUGGACGGUGGCCCUUAUGUGACCCAGUGUCCUCUUACUCCGGGUGACUCCUUCCGUUACCAGUUUCUGGCCUCCCCACAUGGUACUCAUAUGUGGCACGGACAUGUCGGUUACCAUGAUUCCAGUGGACUGUUUGGGCCCCUCGUCGUGAGACGGCAGGAGCCAGACUACAUCAGUUCUCUGUAUGACUAUGAUUUGUUAGAACACACCAUCACUAUUUGGCACUGGUACAAUCUAACCGAUGCAAGUAUUCUCCCGCCAGUACUUGACACAUACGGAGGAGUCUAUGGGUAUGGCCUCUUAGUAAAUGGACAUGCUCCUUUUGGAAGGUUCAGGUCUAAAACUAAUUCAUCAGAAGUAAUUUCGACUGCCAGAGCUAAAUUCUUUGUUCAACAGGGUAAGCGGUACAGAUUUCGACUGAUUGUAAACAGUGCAAUCUAUUGUCCAGUGCAAGUCUCUAUCGACAAUCACACACUCCUGAUGAUAUCCAGUGACACAAACUCCUUCCAGCCUUUAGAAGUUGAUUCUCUAAUGGUCAAUGCCGGAGAACGGUUCAGUUUUGUGCUGAAAGCGAACCAAACACCAGGCUGCUACUGGAUGAGGUUAAGAGGACUGGGGGAUUGUGGUCCAAAGAAGUCAAGCACUCAUGGUGAGGUAUUUGUCUGCUACAAUGGAGCAACGACAGAGCCCAGUGAUAUACCUACUUAUGACGAAGGAAGAAGAUCGGGCAAGAUUUUGAACCCUGUUCAAGUAUUUAAAGGCGAGGACUACUCUAACAACGAACUGAUUCUUCUAAGUAAUCUAACGGGUAUGGACCCAGAGAAGUACGGUUAUAAUGGCACUCCGGACACAACUAUUUACAUUCAACAGCAUGCCCAACUUUAUUUUGAAGCAGAUGCACCGGGGCCGUGGCAGCAGUUUAAUAACAUCACGUUUGAGUUCACCCCCUUCAGCAUGCUGACGCAGCGGGAGAUGCUGAGUGCCAGUGUCGUCUGUGACGAUGUUCCUGACUCUCGUCACUGCAUCGGCACGUUCUGUGUCUGUCCUUACACCAAGAAGGUGCCCCUCUACGCUUUAGUUGAAAUUGUACUGGUUGACAUAAGUGUAUUUAGAGAACAGGAUCAUCCCAUCCACAUGCACGGCUACAAAUUCCAUGUAGUUGCCAUGGGAACUAUAGGGGAUAACGUGAGUCUGGAUUACGUGAGGGAUCUGAAUGAAAGGCACCUUAUACCGAAGAAACUAAUCAACGCUCCUGCCAAGGAUACCAUAUCUGUGCCUAAUGCAGGAUAUACUAUCCUUCGCUUCAGGGCUAAUAAUCCAGGAUUCUGGCUGUUUCACUGUCAUGUCACUAACCAUAUGGUACUUGGCAUGGCCAUGGUUCUGCAGGUAGGGGAGUACCAUGAGAUGCCUGACACUCCCCCUAACUUUCCGACUUGCGGCAAUUCUCUCUACGAUCCUAUCGCUCAAGAACUGCGGAAUCCACUCCAUUCAGACAUUGGAGACAUUGUUGUCCAUUCCAAUAUUAUUUCUAUGCUGGCGACAUGCAUUACUAUUCUAUUCUAUCUAUAAAUAAUUUACUAUCCAAUAUUAGUAUAUUUAUGAAGCGUUUUGAAUUCAGUCCAAUGUGUUUUUUAAAAUGUGGCUCCACAAUAUUAAAGAAAAGAUUUCCUUUAUUUACAUUUUUGAUUAAAUUUGUUGUUAUCUUGCGAUUUUUUGUUAUUAGCUUAAGAACACUUUUAUUGGAUAUUAGUUUUACAGUAAUUACUAGGGUAUUAAUCAUAUUUAGUUUAUUUUUGUUCAUAUUUUGAGAUUUUUUACAAUUAUUACAUUUUAUUCUAUUUGCUUAUGCAUAGAGGGUACUUACCAAUAACUUAAAACAGUUUUCUUCCACUUGGAAGAAAACGGUUUUAAGUUUGAACUUUGCCUCUAUAAAAGAGAUGUCUCAUUUCAUGUAUGGAAAGAAGUACAGGAUUGAAUGAAACUUUAGACACUUAAAGACUUCAAUAGUCAAACAUGUUUUUUGGAUAUUGAAAAUAAUGAAAAACAAAUAUUAUUUGUUUGGAUUUCACAUCAGUUGAAUCUAUUUAGCUUAUUUCCAAAGGAAACAGUAAUUUUAUAAUAAAUAAACAAUAAUUUAAAGGUUAUACACUAUAAAUCCAAAGGGUAAGUGUAUAUAAAUACAGAAGUUAUUCUUUGUAUGAAAUGGAUGGGAUGGAAAUAGAAACGGAAAAAUACUUAUACAAAUAAUACAUUGAGAAAUAAAUUCACACAAAGAUAUGUGAAUUACUACGUGUUAUUGUAUUUUUUAAUGUGAAAUAAUUUUGCUGAUUUUAAAAAUUCCUUGGCGUUUUUUCUAUACCAGUAAAUGUGAGUAAAAUAAUUUAAAACUAUUUUGAGAAAGGUAAAGAGAAUAACCGAGUAUGAUAAUUAUGUUUAUUAAAACUUUUGAUAAAUAAAGCCCAGUAAAUGUUUCGGUAUAAAUAGAUUUAACUUACAUGGUAUGUUCUUCAUAGCAAAAUUAACUUGAAAUUAAUUUUAUACCAUGCAUAUUUUGUACAGGAACAUAUUUUCUAAAAAUGUUGUCUUUUAGAACGAAAAACAUGCAUUGCUUAUUAACGUAAUAUUACUUAUUUUUGGGAACAUUUAUAUUUCUUUAUUUUAUUGCAUUUGAACCCUAAAUGUGUAAAUUAAUUCAAGUUAAUCAAGAAAACGUGACUGUACAGCAAUGACGAGACCAAUAGCUAUGUCAGGGGCUGAGGAGGGGUAAUUGAUUUCUAGUCUGUAAUGGAGAGUUCUGAGAUGUGACAGGUUCUCCACACAAACUGAGACUUGACACUGUUUCAAACUACCAAGAAUUGGAUGCCAAGAAUAUUCUCGUCUUAGAUUAUUACUGUUGUACACUUACUUGUUUGUGGGGAAUAAAUUAAAAUACUUACGAGAAA